GCCCCACUCUUCGAGGUGUUAGGUUGGUCUGUGUUUGUGUCAGUAAACAAACAUUUAAACAUUAACUCGGUGUUUUAUCAAAGCUUCAGAUUCGACAACUCACAAUGCAGGCCUGGAUUCCUCCGCUUCUGCUUCUCGUGAGCUUUCAUGGCGCCUCGGCAAUGACUCACUCUCUGAAGUAUUUCUACACUGGCUCUUCUCAAGUCCCAAACUUCCCAGAGUUUGUGAUUGUUGGGUUGGUUGAUGAAGUUGAAAUGGUUCAUUAUGACAGCAACACCAAGAGAGCAGAACCCAAACAGGACUGGAUGAGCAGAGUCACAGCAGAUGAUCCUCAGUACUGGCAGAGACAGACUGAGGGAUUAAUUGGUGCCCAGCAGACCUUCAAAGCCAACAUUGAGAUUUUAAAGCCACGCUUCAACCAAACUGGAGGUGUCCACAUUUACCAAAACAUGUAUGGCUGUGAGUGGGAUGAUGAGACUGGAGAGGUUAAUGGUUAUGAUCAGUUUGGUUAUGAUGGAGAAGACUUCGUAGCAUUUAACGUGAAGACAGAGACAUGGAUCAGUCCAAAUCAACAGGCGCUCAUCACCAGACAAAAGUGGGACAAUGACAAAGCUUGGAUAGCACAGCAGAAACACUACCUCACUCAGAUUUGUCCUGAGUGGCUGAAGAAGUACGUGGACUAUGGGAGAAGCUCUCUGCUGAGAAAAGACCGUCCCUCAGUGUCUCUCCUCCAGAAGUCUCCCUCCUCUCCAGUCAGCUGCCACGCUACAGGUUUCUACCCAAACAGCGCCAUGAUGUUCUGGAGGAAAGAUGGAGAGGAGCUUCAUGAGAACGUGGACCACGGAGAGAUCCUCCCCAACCAUGAUGGAUCCUUUCAGAUGAGCAGUGACCUGAAUGUUUCAUCAGUCCCACCUGUAGAUUGGGAGAAGUACGAAUGUGUGUUUCAGCUCUCUGGUGUGAAGGAGGACAUCAUCACCAAACUGGACAAAGCAGUGAUCAGGACCAACAGAGAAAAGCCCAGUGACAUGACCGUUCCCAUCAUUGCUGCAGUUGUUGUUCUUGCUCUUGUACUCAUCGCUGUCAUUGGAUUCGUGGUGUACAAAAAAAAGAAUGCUAAGUCCCCUCAACACAAGUCAAAGAUUUCUUCUUCAAGUGUCUCUUCUACAGAAAGUAGAAACAGCGACACACCAUUAAUCAAAGACAUGAAGACUUCCUUUGACACUUCUCCUACAGGGACUUUGAUCAGCCAAUCAGAGUCAGAGACUUCUUCUUUAAGUGGCUCUUCUACAGGAAGUCUAAACAGCGACACACCAUUAAUCAAAGAUUUGAGUGACAGUGUGAAGGGGAGGGGGAAAUCCACUCCGUAAGACAUUGGCAACACUGAAGUUUAUUGUCUGCAGUUUCUUCACAAUCUGUUAUCUAGAUAGAAACAAAUGUGCCACCUCACCACCAAAAUGGUUUGCAGAAUACUCAUAUGGUCAAAAAGUCACAGAACAUUGAGGCUUUAAGGCUGCAUUAAUCAGUAUUUGUUUUUAAGAUAAGAUGCCUUUAUUGUCACUAUAUAUAAUAAAGGCAUCUUAUCUUAUACACAAAUACUGAAUAAUGAAUAAUCAUUAAAGGGAUAGUGCACCCAAAAAUGAAAAUUCAGCCAUUUUCUACUUACCCAUAUGCUCAGGUGAAGUUUUAGAGUCCUCACAACACUUGCGGAGAUCCCAGGGGAGAGGGGGUAGCAA